AUGGCGCUUAACGGUCCAUAUUUCAUUAAUAUCUAUUGGUCGAGCAAAUUUGUUGUGAAGAAUGUGAUUGUGAAUACUUUUAACAACUUCCCGGACGAUUCCAUUGUGAUUGAUCAUAAGGUAUCAUUCUAUCAUUUGGUUGGAUUGAUUUGUGAAAGAGCUGAGUGGAAUAGAGGGAAUGUUAAUUCAGGUCUCUCAAUUUUGUAUGAUAUGAUGGACAAUGGUUUUAGGCAUAUCGCCAAAAUCAAGGACGACGCAUCAUUGCAAGUCUUGUAUUUCCUUCCAAAUUCGACAAAUAUUGAUUUGUAUGUGGAUUUGGAGGUGGCGGGUACUUUUAGGUCUCAUUUGGAAGUAGGGACAAGUAGUGUUAGGCCGAAUAUGGAGAAUGUGGAUUAUAUGAAAGAUGAUGAUAUCGGUGGACCGAAUAUGGAGGAUGGCAAUCGCAUGCAAGAUGAUCAAGUGGAAGACGAUGAAUUCGAUGAUGAGGACUAA